CCUAACAUUUCACGAUCCUGUUUCUAUUUAUAUUCCAAAAUUCCAAAAAGCGAAAAGCUUCUUAUUCUUCUUCUUCUGCCCUUAUACUUUGUUGAAAAAUCUACUCUUCUUUAUUCUCUCUGUGAGAGAGAAAGUACUGAAAUGGUGAGAUUUGGUUGAGAAGGAACCAAACAAGAUUUUUAAUUAGUUGUUACUCAAGAAGAAGAAGAAGAAAGCAAAAGAUGGUGGUAAGGAAAGUAGGCAAGUACGAGAUAGGGAGGACAAUCGGUGAAGGAACCUUCGCCAAAGUAAAGUUCGCGCAGAACACCGAGACUGGUGAGAGUGUGGCCAUGAAAGUGCUCGAUCGCAGCACCAUCAUCAAACACAAGAUGGUCGACCAAAUCAAGAGGGAGAUAUCUAUAAUGAAACUUGUCAGACAUCCUUAUGUAGUGCGAUUGCAUGAGGUUUUAGCGAGCCGCACUAAGAUUUAUAUAAUCUUGGAGUUCAUUACAGGUGGUGAAUUGUUUGAUAAAAUAGUGCAUCACGGACGUCUUAGCGAGGCUGAAGCUAGGAGAUACUUUCAACAGCUUAUUGAUGGGGUGGAUUAUUGCCACAGUAAAGGAGUCUACCAUAGAGACUUGAAGCCUGAAAAUCUUCUACUUGAUUCACAAGGAAAUUUAAAAAUUUCAGAUUUUGGUCUUAGCGCAUUGCCUGAACAGGGAGUUAGCUUGCUGCGGACAACAUGUGGAACUCCUAACUAUGUAGCACCUGAGGUACUCAGUCACAAGGGUUAUAAUGGUGCUGUGGCAGAUGUCUGGUCCUGUGGGGUCAUCCUUUAUGUUUUAAUGGCAGGAUAUCUUCCGUUUGAUGAACUUGAUCUCACCACGUUAUAUGGCAAGAUCGAGAAUGCAGACUUUUCAUGCCCUUCAUGGUUUCCAGUGGGAGCAAAAUCUUUGAUUCAUAGAAUUCUGGAUCCAAAACCUGAAACUCGUAUAACCAUUGAGCAGAUAAGGAAUGACGAGUGGUUUAAUAAGGGCUAUGUUCCUGCAAGGCUUAUUGAGUAUGAAGAUGUGAACCUGGAUGAUGUGGAUGCAGCUUUUAAUGAUCCAGAGGAACAAAAGACUGAUGAACAGUGUGGAAAUGAGGAUACAGGUCCAUUGAUUCUCAAUGCAUUUGACAUGAUCAUUCUAUCUCAAGGCUUGAACCUUGCAACACUAUUUGACCGUGGAAAGGACUCUAUGAAGUAUCAAACGCGCUUUAUCUCACGGAAGCCAGCAAGGGUUGUGUUAUCAAGUAUGGAAGUUGUUGCACAGUCAAUGGGUUUUAAGACACACAUUCGUAAUUACAAGAUGAGGGUGGAAGGCCUUUCGGCUAAUAAGACUGCGCAUUUCUCAGUUAUUCUAGAAGUGUUUGAAGUUGCUCCAACAUUUUUAAUGGUAGACAUCCAGAAAGCAGCUGGAGAUGCUUCCGAUUACCUCAAGUUUUACAAGAGCUUUUGUAGCAAUCUUGAUGAUAUCAUCUGGAAACCACCUACUGAAUCAAGCAAAUCUAAGAUUACCAAGUCAAAGAGCAGAAGACGUUGAGUUGUUUCAUGUGACAUCAUCAUUCUGCUCAGGGCACAUGUAUUUAAGUGCAGACAUGAGAUUUCCUCCUUGCACAAGUACCAUUCUCAGGUUUUGUUGCAGCUACAGCUUUACAUAGAUAUGCCUUCAGUAUUUUUUAACAUCUCCUAAACUCUCCUCGUCACCGAGGGAGAAGGAGAGAAAAGGUAAAGGUAAAAUGAGAGAGAAAAUAUUUAUCUAUAAUACUUGUGUGUAAUGUUUGUAAUUCUUUACCGAUCGAGCUUGUUUAAUCACCUAUCGUCGGUAAUAGUCAUGGGAAUGUGAUUUGCCAGUUUUCAAUGAGAAUAGAACUUUGUACUUUA